GAAAAGUAAAUUUGAAGCAACAAUCAAUUUAAGUGACAAGAAAAAAAGCGAAACCCAGAGUCACGUUAAGAAGACUCGGCCCACUUUUCUUGAAGAGUCUUCCCUUGAAGUCUCUCGUUUCACCGAUUACCCAUCUCCAAGAAACUGCUUCUGUAAAAUCUUGAUUCGCGAUCCGAAGUCGAAGCUCGAGUCUUUCUCAGUGAAGACUUCUAAAGGAAGCACCUUUUUGCAGAGGUUAGAAAGUUUUUGGAUAUUUAAGAGUUGGGUUGUUUUUUUUUUAAGUUUUAGUAGUUUGUGCUGAUGGCAAAUCCUUGGAAGAAGCAGAGAUUGAAAGACACGGCUUUAUGUCGUGUCGGGAUUCUAUUUGCAGUUACAGUCUCUAUAGUUCUCAUGUUGGUGUCUGUACCCAGAACAGCUUCGAAUAGGAGAUUCUCCGACAGUGGUUUGGAUAGUUUAGACAAAGAUUUGGAAGGUAACCUUAAUGCUUCAUUGCUAAGGGUUGCUAGAGAGAAUAGAAUGUCGCUUAGGUUGCAUAAAAGGAACCUUUUACCUCCGAGGAAUCUAGAUCUGUACCCGAAUUUAGCGAAAGACCACGUGGUUAUUGUCUUAUACGUGCACAACCGGGCUCAGUAUUUACGAGUAACUGUGGAUAGUUUGUCCAAGGUUAAAGGAAUAAGCGAGACAUUGUUGAUAGUUAGCCAUGAUGGUUACUUUGACGAGAUGAACAAGAUUGUGGAGAGUAUUGAGUUCUGUCAGGUAAAACAGAUAUUCUCUCCCUAUUCUCCUCACAUAUUUCAAGGUAGUUUCCCUGGUGUGACUCCGAAUGACUGUAAGAACAAGGGUGAUGAGGCAAAGACACGUUGUGAAGGCAAUCCAGAUCAGUACGGGAAUCACCGGUCUCCAAAGAUUGUAUCUUUGAAGCAUCACUGGUGGUGGAUGAUGAACACUGUAUGGGAUGGAUUGGUGGAGACUAAAGAUCACGAGGGUCAUAUCCUUUUCAUCGAAGAAGAUCAUUUUCUUUUUCCUAAUGCUUACCGUAAUAUUCAGACUCUCACGAGGCUGAAACCCGCAAAAUGUCCUGACUGCUUUGCUGCUAAUUUAGCACCAUCUGAUGUUAAGUCGAGAGGAGAAGGGCUUGAGUUUUUGGUUGCAGAGAGAAUGGGUAAUGUUGGGUACUCUUUUAACAGAAGUGUGUGGGAGAAUAUACACCAGAAAGCGAGAGAGUUUUGUUUCUUUGAUGAUUACAAUUGGGAUAUAACCAUGUGGGCGACGGUUUUCCCCUCGUUUGGUUCCCCUGUUUACACAUUGAGAGGGCCUAGGACAAGUGCGGUUCACUUUGGAAAAUGUGGAUUGCAUCAAGGUAGAGGAGAGGAAGGAGAUUGUAUCGACAAUGGGGUGGUAAAUAUCGAGGUUAAGGAAACAGAUAAAGUUGUGAACAUUAAAGAAGAAUGGGGAGUUCGGGUGUUUAAACACCAAGCUGGUUAUAAAGCUGGUUUCAAAGGUUGGGGAGGUUGGGGCGACAAAAGAGAUCAACGUUUGUGUUUGGAUUUUGGCACUAUGUAUCGUUCUACAAGAAGCGGUUCAUCUCCAUGAAUGAAGCUUGGGGACUUCCAAGUAAAUUUGGUUAUAUAAUCAGAAACAUUUUGAGGGACUGCUUUCUUUUUUUCUUUUUUACGUGGUGUAUGUGACUCGAUGUGCAUUGGGUUUCUUGUUGUAUUUUGAUUGUUUUGUCUUGUUUGUAUUUACUAGAAGUAUUACUCUUUCUGUACAAGCUACUGUCGCCUUUCUUACUCGUUGACAAUUGAUGGAAUCUUGAGGCA